AUGAUGAUAACUAGCACUAUAGUAGAAUGGUAGUAUUGCAUUUUAUUGGGAGUGCUAUCAGUGAUUUGGCACAUGGUUAUGGUUUAUGCAAGAAAGGUAAACGAGUAUAAUUUAUAUCUAGUUACUUAAAUUUUCAUCCGUUUUGGUGUAUGGAAUUGCUGCAAGAUUUGGCAUCUACACUGCAUUUUAUAUAUUAUUUUUGAACAUCAAAAUAGGUUGA